UCAGAUGCCCUGGAUCCCAGAUCGGGGGGAUGGCACCUCACAUGCUGCUCCUGCUGCUGGCUGCUGCACUGGUCCUGACUCAGACCCGAGCUGGAUCACACUCGCUACAGUAUUUCUUAACCACUGUGUCCCGGCCUGGCCUCGGGGAGCCCCGGUUCACCGCUAUUGGCUACGUGGACGACACGCAGUUCGUGCGCUUCGACAGCGACAGGAAGAAUCAGAGGGUCGAGCCUAGUGCGCCGUGGAUGGAGCAGGAGGGGCCGGAGUAUUGGGAGUGGAAGACACAAAGAGCCAAGGAUGUGGAGCAGAUUUUCCGAUACGGCCUGGAGGACAUUGUGGGCUUCUACCACGAUGAUGAGGACAUCUCUCACACGCUCCAGGGGAUGUAUGGCUGUGACAUGGGGUCAGACGGGAGCCUCCUCCGUGGGUACCUGCAGCUCGCCUACGAUGGCCUCGAUUACAUCUCACUGAACGAAGACCUGAAAACGUGGACUGCGGCAGACGUGGUGGCGCAGAUCACCCUAAGCGAGUUGGAGCAGACAGAUUUUGCAGAGGAAUACAGGGUCGACCUGGAGGGCGAGUGCCUGAAGUGGCUCCACAGACUCCUGGAGCUCGGGAAGGAGACACUGCUGCGCACAGAUACCCCAAAGGCACAUGUGACCCAUCACCCCAGAUCUGAAGGUGAUGUCACCCUGAGGUGCUGGGCCUUGGGCUUCUACCCUGCUGACAUCACCCUGACCUGGCAGUUGAAUGGGGAGGAGCUGACCCAGGACAUGGAGCUUGUGCAGACAAGGCCUUCAGGGGAUGGAACCUUCCAGAAGUGGGCAUCUGUGGUGGUGCCUCUUGGGAAGGAGCAGGAUUACACCUGCCAUGUGUACCAUGAGGGGCUCUCUCAGCCCCUCACCCGGAGAUGGGAGCCUCCUUCAUCCACCAAUUCAAACAUGAUAAUCAUUGCUGUUCUGGGUGUCCUUGGAGCUGUGGCCAUCAUUGGAGCUGUGGUGGCUUUUGUGAUGAUGAGAAGGAGAAACAGAGGUGGAAAAGGAGGGCACUAUGCUCCAGCUCCAGGCAAGGACAGCUCCCAGAGCUCCGAUAUGUCUCUCCCAGAUUGUAAAGCAUGAAGACAGCAGCCUGGAGUGGACUGAGAGACAGACAGUGUGUUCAGGUCUCUCCUGUGACGUCGAGAGCCCUCAAUUUUCUUUAGACAACAAUAUCUGAUGUUCCCUGUGAUCCUAUGGGCUCAAUGUGAAAAACUGUGGCACCCAGCCUGCCCUGCACACUAGCACCCUGUCCCUGCACUGCCUGUGUUCCCUUCCACAGCCAACCUUCUUGGUCCAGCCAAACACUGGGGGACAUCUGCUUCCUGUCAGCUCCAUGUUGCCCUGAGCUGCAGCUCCUCACUUCCACACUGAGAAUAGGAAUUUGAAUGUGAACUUGAUUGUUAACAUCCUGACCUGAGUGUUGAUGGCUUGUUAAAUUGAUGGCUUGAAAAUACUUAGAGGUUUGUUUUGUUUUGUUUUUAAGAAAUAAAUGGCAGAUGGAGAACCUUCUAGAA